UUGAUAUCUUGUUCGAUUUAUAGCAUCCCAAAUGGUCUUGUUGCCCAUAUACUUACGUCUCCUGGACUAGAGUCGUUUCCCAGUGAUGAUCUACAGCAAGAAUUAAUCACAAGCGCUAUCACCGCCUGCCCUGAUGUCUUGAGUGCCUUUCUAGCUCAUAUCAAGCCUUCGAUGGUGCCUCGAGAUUCGGAUAACUGGCAUAGUACAAUGAAGCUGAUCUACAAUGGGCUAAGCCGGCGUAUUCAUGAAAGGUUGGAAAGUGCUCUAGAGUUGUGCUCCGGUCUAACUCAGCUAGUCAGUGUAGUUGCUGAUCUCUGUCUUCCCAACAAGUCUAUUCAUGAACACCUCCAUGAAGCGCUUUCUUUCGAUUCUGCUGUCGUCAUCGAGGCGGCUAACAAAUUAAUGUCCCAGCUGGAAACCAAUAUGAUUCUGGUUAUUACUUGGGUGAACACUUGUCCCAAACUUGCAGGCGUCGGGCCUCGAUGGACCAGCUCGGAGAUCCUUGCUGAGCUCACAGCUCUCAUAACAGAGGUUGGCAAAUAG